AUGGAAGGUUCGCGUAGAAGGACGACGGCGCCGCGCGCUAAGCCGGCUGCGACGCGCCCCCCGAGGGAGGCCGGCGGGACCGCGGCCGCCCUCCCCGACGCGGGGAGCCACGGCCCGCAAAGGGGGGCGCGAUCGCGACGUGGGGAGCUCGACGGGGCCCCCGCCGAGACGCCACGCGCCCGGGCGGCCCCCAGAAGGGCGCCCGCGCGCACCCGGGGCGCACAGCCACCGGCCACGGACGGCGCGCGGGCCGCCGAGCGCCCUGCCGUGCCGGAGCCCCAGCCGCCCGCGGACCCCGAGGCGCCGGCCGUCGCCAGGAGACCCAGCAGCAGGAGGGGCGGCCGCUCCACGGCCGGGCAACCCAGAGCGCCGCGGAGGUCCAGGAGGGAGCGGGACAAGCUAAUGGACGUGCUGGAUGCUUUGAGGUUGAAACGCAAGGAGAUCUGUGUGUCGGCCAAUACUGUGAACACGGUCGUGACUCGCCUGCUGCACCGACUGGGGAAUCGCGAGUCCGAAUUCGAAGGCGUGGAGCAGCUGAACACUGGCAGCUACUAUGAGCGCGUGAAGAUUUCUACUCCUAAUGAAUUUGAUGUUAUGUUUAAGCUGGAAGUCCCCAGAAUUCAGCUACAAGAAUAUUAUGACAGUGGUGCUUUUUAUCUUGUGAAGUUCAAAAGAAUUCCACGAGGAAAUCCUUUUGGUCAUUUUUUAGAAGGGGAAAUAUUAUCAGCUACCAAGAUGUUGUCAAAGUUUAGGAAAAUCAUUAAAGAAGAAGUUAAAGAAAUCAAAGAUAUAGAUGUCAGUGUGGAGGAGGAAAAACCAGGAAGCCCUGCUGUAACACUUCUAAUCAGGAACCCUGAAGAAAUAUCUGUGGAUAUAAUUCUGGCUUUGGAAUCAAAAGGCAGCUGGCCUGAGAGUACCAGAGAAGGACUACCCAUCCAAAGCUGGCUUGGCACAAAAGUUAGGACCAAGCUAAGAAGAGAUCCAUUUUAUCUUGUACCUAAGAAUGCAAAACAUGGAAGAGGUUUUCAAGGACAGACAUGGCGCCUCUCUUUCUCUCAUACUGAAAAAUACAUUUUGAAUAAUCACGGGACAGAGAAAAAAUGUUGUGAAUCGGGUGGAGUGAAAUGUUGCAGGAAAGAAUGCUUAAAACUAAUGAAAUACCUUUUGGAACGGUUGAAACAAGAAUUUCAAGAACUAGAUGCAUUCUGUUCUUAUCAUGUGAAAACUGCCAUGCUUCACAUGUGGACCCAGAACCCACAGGACAGUCAGUGGGAAUUCACAAAUCUAAGUUUCUGCUUUGAUAAGUUUUUGAUGUUUUUCAUUGAGUGCCUCAGGACAGAGAAACUGGACCAUUAUUUUAUUCCAAAGUUCAAUCUGUUCUCUCAAGAACUAAUUGACAAAAAGAGUAAAGAAUUUCUGUUAAAGAAAAUUGAGUAUGAAAGAAACAAUAGAUUUCCAAUUUUUGACAAGUUUUGAAAUUACAUAUGUGUAUUAUAAUUUGUGCGUUAUGUGUUCCUAGGCCAGAGGUUGGUGCCAGAUGUCUUUCUCAAUCACACUUCACUUUUUGUGUAUGUGUGUGGGGUCAAGACAAGGUUUAUUUAUAUAGUCCUGGAUGUCUUGGAACUCCCUUUGUAGACCAGACUGGUCUCGAACUAUCCACCUUCCCCUGCUUUCAGAGUGCUGGGAUUAAAGGCAUGUGCUACCACUACCCAAAACACUUUAUUUUUUUGAGACAGGAUCUGCCUCUGAACCGGGAGCUCAUGGAGGUGUCCACGUUGAUUAUCCAGUGAGCUCCCAGGGUCCACUUGUCUCUGCCUUCCCAGCCCUAGGAUGACAGAUGAACAUCACCUAUUUACUUUUACAUUUUUGUCCUAAUGCAUGCAAAGCAGAUACUGUAGUGACUAAACCAUGAGCCCAGCCUGAAAUUGUCUUUUGAAAUAAAAUUGGAUUAAAGUGACUUAAGUCCACUGUGGUGGUGCAUGCUUGUAGUUCCAGCACUUCAGAAGUGGAGGCAGAAGAAUUCAGUGUGAUUCUUGGCUCUAUUUCUAGUUCAAGGAUAGCCUGGGCUAUAUGAAACCUGCUUAAAACAAAGUACAAAGGAGCUGGAGAGAUGGCUCAGUGGUUAAGAGCACUUACUGAUCUUUCAGAGAACUUGGGUUGGUUUCUGGCACCCAAUGAUAGGGCACAAUUGUAACUCCAGUUAAGGGAGUCUAGUAUGAUCACUAUAGGAUCCUGCUUGUGCACAUUCAGACAAAAAUUUUUAAGAGCUCCCAAAGAAAAUGAAACUAUAAGCCCAUAAUAUGUCAAGUGUGUUGACCUUUAUAAUCCUGGCACUUGAGAAGCUGAGGUAUGAAGGUUGCCAUGAAUGCAAGGCCAGCCUGGGCUACAAAAUAUGAUCUUGUCUCAAAACAAAACCAAAAGCCAACAACAGUCACCAUGAGUCACCAUGAGAUUUGGCCUGCUCACCCGUCCUGACUCAGAAUGGUACGCAUUCUUCUUUUUUCUUUAGGAUGCUGGUCAGAACCUAAGGAGUCUUUUCUGCAUGUUGUACCUCCUUACUCUUUGUCUUGAAGUUCCCCUCAACCCUGUGACACAUACACUAUAUGGCCUUUUGUCUAUCAUGUGGCUGAUGUCCUCUAUGAAUGCAAAACAUAAGGCCCCAAAAUGUGAUUAUAAUUCAAAUGUUCACAGCAGUCACUAAAAUAUAAUCAUUUUGUACUAUUUCUUAUAAUUCAAAUAUAAAGGUUAUAAUAAAAUGAAUGUUUUUCCCCAAAUAAAUCAUAAGUACUUAGUGAAUAUCACUUCUCACCUUGGAUAAGUCUGCAGAAGGUUGUAGAUAGACCAUAUUAAAAAUGGUUUAGACUUUGUCCAAACACAAGAUGUGUACAUGGAAGCAGUGCCUGCCCCUGUGUCCCAGGGUAGGAAAGGAAAAGGACAGUUAGCUCUGCAUCUCGACUUCAGGUGCUUUCUCAUGUAUGGGUAAGCCUAAUGUAUUUUUUAUUUAUUUUUAUAUGUUUUUACAAAAGCAAUGGUACCUGAUGGAGGAAUGGGUGUGGACAGAGAAUGACUCUCCUCUGCAUUCAAGUAGCAUCCCCAGUGACAACUGAUGCUCUUGAACUUUUUCCAAGUACUUUGUAUUGCUGUGGAAGCUUCUUUCUCGUUCUGUAUUUGUUAGUUCCCUGUGUAACAAUGUCUACCACAGGU